UUUUAUUUUGAUCUGGUGGUGUGACGUCACCGCGCCGCGCCGCGCCGCGCUCCGCUGCUGUGUUUCAGCUGAAGAAAGGAGAAAGUGUCCAGACACAGAAAAACUCCUGCUGAAGCGACUGAGAUUCACGCGACACACUGUUAUAAAGAUGGCGUUUAUUAAAGAGGAGAGUGAAGAUGUGGAGAUUGAAGAAGCAUUCAGAGUCAAACAUGAAGAUACUGAGACACAAACAAAGAUGGAGAUUAUUAAAGAGGAGAGUAAAGACGUGAAGAUUGAAGAAGUGUUCAGUCUGAAACAUGAAGAUACUGAGACACAAACAAAGAUGGAGUUUAUUAAAGAGGAGAGUGGAAACAUAAGGAUUGAAGAAGUAUUCAGUCUGAAACAUGAAGAUACUGAGGAACAAACAAAGAUGGAGUUUAUUAAAGAUGAGAGUAAAGACGUGAAGAUUGAAGACACAUUCAGAGUCAAACAUGAAGAUACUGAGGAACAAACAGACACGAUCCCACUGAAAGAGGAGAGUCAAGAAAUGAAUGAAGCAGAAGAGAAAGAUGUCAUGACUGCAGAACAAUCCACUGAAACAACUUCCUCGGGAAAUGGAGCUCCUUACAUAUGUGGUCAGUGUGGAAAGAGUUUCGAAACUGAAGUAAAAAUUUGUCAGCACAUGACAAUUCACUCAAAAAAGGUCAUAUGUCAAUAUUGCAAAAAGACUUUCCCAGACCAGCAACAGCUUAAGGAUCAUGUCAAAAUUCACAUGGGAAGAAAGCCUUUCAUAUGCCAUCUCUGUGGAAAGAGUUGCACAAAAGAAGGACGCCUCAAGGAGCACUUGAGAAUUCACACCGGAGAUAAGCCUUUCGCCUGCCCUCAGUGUGGAAAGAGAUUUGCUCAAAAACCAAACAUUAAAGCCCACAUGAGAACUCACACCGGAGAGAAGCCUUUCACUUGCACUCGGUGUGGAAAGAGUUUUACAUGUAAAGACACCGUUAUCGAACACAUGAAAAUUCACACCGGAGAGAAGCCUUUCACCUGCCCUCAGUGCGGAAAGAGUUUUUCUAAAAAACAAAACAUGAGAGUCCACAUGAGACUUCACACUGGAGAGAAACCUUACAAAUGUCUUUGGUGUGAGGAGAGUUUCUUCUAUCGAAGACACCUGAAAGAUCAUUUGCAAACUCAUUCUCAAAAGGAAUUGCAGAGUUCCUCAGUGUAGUAAGAGGGUUACAAGUAGGGUUGGGUACCGAACACGGUGCUUUUAAGGGUACCGACCGAAUUGCGUCUGUACUACCGAGUACUGAUUCACAUUAAAUCUUUAGGUAACUGAGAACGCAUUUGGGCGCACACGAGAGAGAGAGAGAGAGACCCUGUGACAUGAUGUCACCCCUUCAAAUCUUUAAAACAACACAGUGUGCUUACAUUUCUAGGGUCGUAUGGUUUCCGCGAAAACAUGGACAGGAUGGCGGAGUCCAUUCAUAAAAACGGAAUUUACUCUAUAGCGCGGAAUGCCACAGAAUUCGUCAAGUUUUGGAUGAAUAAAAAAGGUCUGUCACUUAAUUCAAAUCGGGAUAUGAACUAGUGUAUGUGAAUAUUAAAACGCAAAAAGACGAUUUAUGAAUCCUGCAUGUUCUGCUAAUCACGGUAUGUAUGAAUGGCGGAGACGCGGUUUUGUUUACUAUACAAGUACUGAAGCACACGUGAACUCUGCAUCUCACUACAUGAACUUACAGGCUGUGAGUCACUUCAUGAGAAUUUUACAGUUUCAUUUGAGAAAACUAGCAUCAUAUCAUACUGUAUACACACAGAAACUUCACGGCAACCUGUCAAAAUAAAAGUGCGGUUUAAUAUGUAACAGAAAUAUAUUUAUUCUUGCAUUACGUUUGUACAGUAUAAUGUACAUCUUUAUGUAUUCCAUUUACUGUCAAAUUUAGAUAAAAGAAUUAAAUGAUAAAAAUUAACCACUUAAUUGUUGAAAAAAAUACAAUUAUUAUUUAAACUUUUUUAAAGGAAUAUUCACACAAUUUUUCUACCAUGUAUUGAUUUUAACAGUAAACCUCUGUUUGCCAAAAAAUAAAAGGGUUUCAUUUUCAUUUGAUUAAAAAUAAAUAAAUGUUUCAUGCCUUCAUUUGAUUAUCAGAAAAAAUAAAACACUCAAGAAUUUCUGGAAGAAAAAAAAAACAAGUUGUAGGGCCCUAUUGUUCAAAAUGUUGAAAUUGACAGUUUUGGACUUUAUUUUUUCACUGAAAUAAAUGUUUUUGUUAUUACACAGAGAGUAACGUACCGAAAAAAGGUACCGUUGGGUACCAGAACCGAAUUUCAGGUACCGAUACCGUACCGGUUAAAAUGUGAACGGUACCCAACCCUAGUUACAAGAUACAGUAGUUUCAGAAAUAACUUGCAUAUUUACUGUAGGGGAGGACGUCAAAUUUAAAAUCAUCACAUUUAAAGAUGGAAAAAAAAAAAAUCAUGCAGAUGUAAGCCUGUUGAAUUUGCUAGUUUUUUUUUUUUUUUUUUUGUUACUGGUAUCAAAAAAAAUCGCUUAGUCCGCUUAGUUUCAUCUUUUUAAAAUAAUACAAACAUUGUGUAAUGUGAAGAUUUAUUCAGAAUAGUGGCAGCAGACUUUCACUUCCUGCAUAGAAGUUACAACUUUACAUGGGCAUAAGUUAAACUGGCAGACAUUUUAUCUCUGGAAGACCAACUCGCAACCACUGGCAGAGCCAGAAGGAUGUCCAAGGUGGCAAUGAACCCAAGAUGACAACCCAAAAUCUCAUUUCAUCUCAUUUCACCUCUUGUUGAAAAAUCUUUUUUUGAAAAACACACUUCUUUAGAGACAUUCUUCCCGAGCGAGUCCUGUGCAAUGUUGCCAUUCUUCCAGGAGAAAUGCCCAUAUAAGGAGUUUCACCCUUCAUGACGUCAUGAAGAAUCACAAUCGAGUUUUUUUCGGACACUUGUAGGAAACCUGGAAGUGUGUAUUUGGCACAGAAAUACUCUGUUAUAUGUCCAAAUAGUUUUUUUUAACUUUGGCCAUGUUUAGCAUGAUAAUCCAACUCUUUAACAGUGUAAAUAACUCAACAUGCAUGAAAGAGCUGAAGGAGACGUUUGCAGGCAGGCCUGGAGCGUGGCAAUGAGAUGCAGUGUUUUGUUCCCCCUCUCACGGAACCAUGGUUACGUUCGGAACCCGAGACGUUCCCUUUAGGAACUCGAACUGUGUCUGCUGACGCUAUGGGAAGCUGAGGAGAAUUCCUGCUUCAUAAGACUCUAUUGACUUCUGGUAGUGAAGUCCAUUAAGUCCCCUUCUCAGGAGCACCUCAAUGCCAGAAGUGUGAGUGACAAUAUACCCUAUGGCCACUAACCAAGCUUCAAGUCCUAUACAAAGGAAAGUUUCAGCUUUUUCCAACCUUCCCCACUGCUUUGCAGGCAACGGUGUCUGGCCCGAGGUAAGAGAUUAAAGGUCUGGUUAUGCUAGACACCACCUUUAAUCCCUUAAAGUCUUUGGGGAUUUCUGCCAGGAUUUGACACCUCUUAACCUGAUGGCUGAAAUGUAAUAAAUACAGUUGUAUGUGUUCAGAAUAUCAAAAUAAACACAAAAAAUAGGCACUUUUGUGUUAU